CAGCGGCGCCGGGCGUCCCCGGCUGGAGCAGGAGAUGCUCGGGUAGGACGGCCCUCCGCGCCGAGCCUCGCUCCCGGGUGCAGCGGGGGAGAAGCGGGAGAAGCCGGUGUCCAGUCCCGAGGCCGACGGUACCCUGCGUCCCCACGGAUGCCUCGGUGCGCGCUGGGCGCCGCGGUGUGAGCGUGGAAGGCUGGCGGGAACGGAUCCGCGCCGCCCGGGGCUGCUCCAGAUCUCCUCCCGGUCUCAACAAACUUUGGUGGGUAGAAGCUUACGAUCUGAGGAGGACCCUACACCUGGGAAGCCUGUCAUCAAAAGUUCCAGCAGUUUCCCCACCAGAAGCUGCCACCCCCAGUUAGGUGGGCACCAUCAUGCCUCAGCAGCUCCUAAUCACCCUAUCCACUGAGGCCAGCACCUGGGUGAAGUUGAACCAUCCUGGGAAGACCAAGGAGGGGCUGCCCCUGUGGGAAGAUGUGACAAAAAUGUUUGAAGGAGAAGCUCCGAUAUCCCAUGGUACUGAUGAUGGGAGCCAACGAGAAUGUUUAUCGGAUGGCGUGAGCCCCAGCGUCCCUGCGGCGGAAUCCCAGGAAGCGUUGACUUUCAAGGACAUAGCUGUGGACUUCUCCCAGGAGGAGUGGGGACAACUGGCUCCUGCCUGCCGGGAUUUGUAUCGGGAGGUGAUGCUGGAGAACUACAGAAACCUGGUGUCAGUGGGAUAUCGACUCUCCAAGCCUCGUGUGAUUUCCCAGUUGGAGAAAGGAGAAGGACCAUGGAUGGCAGAGAGUCAAGGCCCAGAGGAUCCCAUUUUCGAUGAGAAAAGUAAACCAGAAACCAAGGAGUCAGCUGCAGAGAAUAACACUUCCCUCAAGUUCUCUCAAAGCACCGUGAUGGAAAGGCUCAUGGAGGAGGACACUGUUUGUUCUACAUUGAGAAAAGCCUCCAGCUACGAUGAGACAUUAGAAAGGCACCAGGAAACCCAUAGGAAAGGUGGGAGGCGAGUUGUUUUGACCCACAAAAAGGGACACGAAGAAGCGAACAAAUUCGGGGAAAACCGUGAGGGUUCCAAUGUUAUUUUAGAGCAGAAGCACCAUAAAUACAACCCCGCUAGGAGGAGGAACAAAUGUAAAUUAGAUUCAACUAACAGUCCAGUGAGCUGCAUAGGAGCCAGGCUGUAUGGGUGUAAUAUAUGUGGAAAAAUGUUCAAACAACCUAUUCACCUUACAGAGCACAUGCGAAUUCACACUGGUGAGAAACCCUUCAGAUGUAAGGAAUGUGGACGGGCCUUUAGUCAGAGCGCAUCUCUUACUACACACCAGAGAAUCCACACUGGAGAGAAGCCCUUUGGAUGUGAGGAGUGCGGCAAAGCCUUCAGGCAUCGCUCAUCGCUCAACCAGCAUCAUAGAAUUCACACUGGAGAGAAACCGUUCGUCUGUGAUAAAUGUCAGAAAGCCUUCAGCCAGAACAUCAGCUUGGUCCAACACUUGAGGACUCAUUCUGGAGAGAAACCCUUUAGCUGCAAUGAGUGUGGGAAAACUUUCCGACAGAUUAGACACCUCAGUGAACACGUGAGAAUUCACACUGGGGAGAAGCCCUAUGCGUGCACUUCCUGCUGUAAAACGUUUAGUCAUAGAGCAUAUCUCACACAUCACCAGCGAAUCCACACUGGUGAGAGACCCUACAAAUGUAAGGAAUGUGGGAAAGCCUUUAGGCAAAGGAUACACCUUAGCAACCAUAAAACUGUUCACACAGGAGUGAAAGCCUAUGAAUGCAACCGUUGUGGGAAAGCCUACAGGCACGAUUCAUCCUUUAAGAAACACCAGAGACAUCACACCGGAGAAAAACCUUAUGAAUGUAAUGAAUGUGGAAAAUCCUUCAGCUAUAAUUCCUCACUGAGCCGACACCAUAAAAUACACAGGAGGAACUCUUGUCAAGAUAAUGUAUAAAAAAUGAUACAGGACAUGAGAACAAAAGCAACUCUAAAUUGGUGAUUCUAAGCUUUAAAAUUUCAGGACUCAGAUAAAUUUGAGAAGUUGAUAAUUAUUAAUAAUGGCAACUUUUAUUUUACCAAUAGCGUAAAUAAAUGCUACUAUUGUUUA